AUGGAAAACUCAACUUUCAGCGCGAUCUACGCCCAGUGCGCCGGUCUGCCCACACCGAUUUCUGCUCAUGUCGCGGAACAACAACUCAGCGAUCAGAGGAUCUACUCUGUCAUAACAGAAUGGAGUCUGAAUGAUUUAGUUCGAGGUUCCAGACUUUGCUACACACAGCAGUGGACUCUCAUAGCAGACAACAAGGACCAAAAGAGCAUCAAAGCUGUGCUUCCUCCAGGAUCCUGUAUACCUGCACAGGGAGAGCUGCUGAGCCGAUAUUCACCCAUUCAAGGCUUGAGGGCCGUAGUCAGGGACACAGCCAGUCAUCAGCUCCUUGAGAUAUGGGACAGCCACGGCCUCAGGAAAAGCCUAGACUUGACCGCUCUCAACAAACAUGGCAGAGUGUACGACGAUGCCCAGUUUGGCUGUCUGUCAUGGUCAGAAUGUGAGACCAGACUGCUCUACAUAGCAGAGGAGAGCAAGACUACUUCAACACAUGCUGGACGGUCUGAUUGUUGGAAGGACAGAAGUGUGUAUUCCGAGGACUGGGGAGAGGGCCUGACCAGUAAAAGUGUCCCAGUGGUUUGUGUGGUGGAUCUAAAUACGGGAGUGGUCAAAGUACUACGGGGGGUCCCGCCGUACGUCUCACCUGGACAGGCUCUGUGGCUUCCAGGCAGUCAGUCAGUCGUGUUUGUCGGCUGGUGGCACGAACCCUUCAGACUGGGCCUUAAGUUCUGCUCCAACCGCAGGUCUGCAUUAUUCAAACUUGACCUGGAUGGACACUGUGAGUGUCUAUCAGGGGACAACAUGUCGGUCUCCUGCCCCCGGCUGAGUCCAGAUGGAACCAGUCUGAUCUACCUACAGGGCCAAGUGUUUGGACCACACAACCAGUGUCUCAGUCUUCAGCAGUAUGACCUGCAGAGCAGAAAGAUUUCUGCACUAUUGGAGGUUGUUAACAGACCACAGACUGGUGAGUUUGCAGGUUUAUACGAGGCUCUCCCAUCCUGCUGCUGGUCCAACGACAGUCAGAGAGUGGUUUUCAGCAGUGCAUGUAGGAACUGGAAGGACCUCUUUGUGGUUGACAGAAUAACAAAGAAGGUUACCUUCCUCUCUGAUAGUCCCUCAAUGGCGUAUGGAAGUUGGAAGCUGCUGACAGUUCAGAAGGACCUGAUGGUUGUCUGCUGCUCCAGCCCCAACACACCACCAACUCUGAGGGUGGGUGUCAUCCCCUCGGCAGGUGAGGCUGUGGCCUGGGUCACUCUGCAACAGCCACCAGUAACCUUUGACUGGAGCUGGACUGUUCUGGAUGUCACCCCAACACCAGAGGAGGACAACUCAUGUCACUCUGGUCUAGAUUUUGGGGCUGUGCUGGUGAAGCCCCCUUGUUCUCUCCGUGGAGACAAAAUACCUCUAAUUGUCUUUAUCCAUGGUGGUCCACACUCCCAGUUCCCUGCAGAAUGGAACACCACCACAGCUGGAUUGGCCAAAUUGGGCUACGCUGUGCUCAUGGUGAACUACCGUGGCUCCACAGGGUUUGGCCAGGACAGCAUCUUGUCCCUGAUUGGUCAGAUCGGUAACCAGGAUGUGAGAGAUGUGCAGAGAGCUGUACUUACGGCACUGCAAAGUGACAUGACCCUUGACCCCAAACGCUUGGCUGUGAUUGGUGGCUCACAUGGUGGCUUCUUGUCCUGUCAUCUGGUUGGUCAGUAUCCAGACUUCUACAGAGCAUGUGCAGCCCGGAACCCUGUCAUCAAUGCAGCUACAUUACUGGGAACCAGUGAUAUAGUGGACUGGCGUUACUCCAGUGUGGGUCUGCAGUACUCCUUUGACCAGAUACCAACUGCUGAAGCCUUGGCUUCAAUGUUAGAGAAAUCCCCCAUCACACAUGCUAGUCAGAUCCAGGCCCCCGUGCUGUUGAUGCUGGGAGGUAGAGACAGGAGAGUGUCUCCCCACCAGGGCCUGGAGCUCUACAAAGUCCUGAAGAGCAGAGGCUCCCCUGUCAGGUUGCUGUGGUUUCCAGAGGACGGCCAUUCCCUGGCUAGAGUGGAUACACAGGCAGACUGUUUCCUCAACACAGUGCUGUGGCUGCAGCAGCACCUCUGAAUAUGGGGAUAUGUGAGGGCUGGAAUCUGGAGGCUGAGGAGGUGCUGGUUUUGUUGGAGAAUCCUCCCCGGCAUUGAACCAUCCAUUGUUGGGUACGAUGACCUUCGAGGUGUUACAUGCUGAUGGAUUGAUCACCACAGCGCGCACACAGUUACAAACGCAUUUGUACACACAGACGUUUCUCUACAGUCCAGCCCUGCUGAUGGCACAUCUGAUGGUGCUGCACCGCUUCCACUGCAGCUUGCCUUCAUGCAAAGUGUUGAAUCUGUUCAUUAUGAUUUCAGAUGGUGAGCUUAAAUCCAUUUAUUUUUUGACAACAAAAACAAGCAGUAUUUUUAAAUGUACUUAAUUAAUCUAAAAAAAAAUCAAAAUUCCCGAGUUAUAUAAAUCAGU